CCCCUCUCUCCUCUUGACGCCUUCCUUUCACGUCUUCCUUCUCUCCCUCUUCACUCGUUUCUACUUGUUCGCUGCCCCCUCCCCAGCCCAGCCCGACUGCUUGCGUUGGGCCAACAAGGCCAACAAGCAGCGGCACUUUGACGGCGCACACGCAAGACCACGACGACACACACCUUCCACCACCACCAAACAAAAGAACGAAACAACGUAACGAAACAUCCCAUCGCAAACCUGCAUAACCCACCAUAUCCAUAAUGGCCUCGCUGGCUCCCCCAUCAGGCCCAGCCGCAGCAAAGCAGAGAUACUCGUCUCGCUUUGAAGGCAUCAACGACCUCUGUGCCCUGCCCUCCAUCGCCGAGGACACGAUCCUAGCGACGCUCCGUGAGCGCUACAUCUCUGGGCAGCCCUACACGGCAGUCUCGUCGUCGGCCCUCGUCAAUGUCAACCCCCUCAUCUACCUCCCCCUAAACGGCGACGCCUCGCUUCAGGACUAUGUGACAGAGUACUACCGCUCGGCCGGCGACGACGCUGUCGGCGAACCAGAUGGUAACACCAAGGAGCGUCUCGGUCCCCAUAUUUUCCGCCAUGGCCUCAGUGCCUACUACAACAUGCGCCGCACUGGCCAGGACCAGAUUCUUCUCAUGUCUGGCGCCAGCGGCUCUGGUAAAACCGAGAUGCGCCGGUUAGCUAUCAAGGCCAUUUCAGAGGUCGCCGUCGCACCACCUGGUAAGAAGGGCUACAAGGUCGGCCAGCAGAUCGCCAACGCAGAGUUCAUCCUCGAGUCGUUUGGAAACGCCCAAACGGUUGGCAACGAAAACGCCUCGCGCUUUGGCAACUACACCGAGCUCCAGUUCACCGACCGCGGCCGCCUUGAGGGUGUCAAGACGAUCGAGUACUACCUUGAGCGUUCCCGUGUGUCGCAGCCUCCGGCUAGCGGAGAGCGCAACUUCCACAUCUUCUACUACCUCGUUUCCGGUGUCGAUGGUGAGGAGCGCCAGCACCUCCGCCUCGGCAAUGUCAACGACUACCGCUACCUUGUCAGCCGCGCCCGCCGCACGGGAACGAGCGACCGUCAGCGCUUCAACCAGAUCAAGCAGGCGUUCAAGUCGGUCGGCCUGUCGAACCGCCUGGUCGCCCAGGUGUGUCAGUUACUGGCCGCCAUUCUCCACAUUGGCAACUUCAACUUUGUCGAUGACCCCAGCAUGCGCGAAGGCGCCACGGUCACCAACUACGACUCGCUUGCCACCGCCGCCGAGUUCCUUGGUGUCUCCAACGCUGCCCUCGCCGAACUCUUCGCCUUCAAGACCGUCCUUGUUCGCAAGGAGGUCUGCACCACCUUCCUCGACUCUGAGCAGGCAGAGGGCGUCCGUGACGAGCUUGCCCGCACGCUCUACUCGCUCCUGUUCUCGUGGCUCAAUGAGCACAUCAACCAGAAGCUGUGCAAGGAGCAGUUCGGCUCGUUCAUCGCCAUUCUCGACCUUCCUGGCCUGCAGAACAACGCUGGCCCCUCGCUCGGCGUCAACUCGGUCGACCAGUUCUGCUUCAACUUUGCCAACGAAAAGCUCCACAACUGGAUCCUCCACCGCAUUCACGAGGCCCCGCUGGCCGAGGCCAACGCUGACAAGCUGCCGAUGACCCGCAUCCCCUACUUUGACAACACCGAGUGCCUCAAGAUGCUCUCCGACUCGAAGGGCGGUCUCAUCGCCACUGCCGACGACCAGGCCAAGAAGAAGAAGACGGACUCGAGCAUGAUCGAGGCCAUGGCCAAGCGCUACGCCGGCCACUCGUCGUUCCAGGUCGGUAACAUGGACCGCAGUGGCACCGCCUCGUUCACGGUCAACCACUACGCCGGUCCGGUCACAUACACGGCCGAGUCGUUCAUUGAGCGCAACGCCAACGAGACCAGCGCCGAUAUUCUUCGUCUUCUCCGUGGCACGGCCACCGGUGCCGCGACCAGCGUUCCCGAUCACCAGGGCUCCAACAACCCCUUCAUCCGCAGCUUGUUCUCCAACAAGUCGAUCGCCACGCAGGCCCACCCCCGUAAUGACGAAACGAUUGUCGCGGCUCAGCAGCCCGUUCGCCCCAUGCGCGCCCCUUCGACUCGUCGCAAGCGCGGCCCCCGUCUCUCCGCUGUCAGCGAGGAGGCCGAGGAAGAGGACAACGAGGUCGGCGGAGGCAACGACGAGGGUAACGCCGGGACUCACCUCUCGUGUGUUGCUGGUCAACACUGGAACUCGCUCUCGACCCUCUUCGCCACCUUUGACCAGAUCCAGCCCUGGUUCAUCUUCUGUCUGCGACCCAAUGACUCUCAGCUUCCUGCCCAGGUCGAGACUCGCUCGGUCAAGGCCCAGAUUCGCAGCCUCGGUCUGACAGAGAUCACUCAGCGCCUGCGCACCGACUACGAGGUCCGCAUGACCCACGAAGAGUUUGCGGACCGCUACGAGGAGGAGUUUGCCGAGCGCGCCAUCGGCCACCAGGGCUCGGUUUCUGACCGUCUUCGUGACCUGAAGCGUGUCCUCAAGCUCUCGGAUAACGACAUGGCCAUUGGCAGUACCCGCGUCUUCCUCUCGCACCACGCUUUCCACCGCUUUGAGGACCGUCUUCGUGAGGCCGAGGGUCUCGAGGAGCCUGCCCACCUCGACGACGCAAGGCAAAAGUACAGGGACGACCCCUUCUCGCCUGGCCACAGAGCAGCCACGCCUGAAAACGAGGCCAUGUUCGACUUUAACGACCGCAACGACUCGGCAGUGGCCCUGCCUCUUGUGCGUAACGCUCAGCCCGUGCCUCAGGCAUCACCCUCGUCGUUUGACGACCACGAGCGUGGCUUUGCCCCGAGCCAGGUCACUAGCCCCUUUGGGGACCGCGACACGCAGUCGCAGAUCGGCUCCGAGUCGUACGCCCCCUCUCGCAACAUGUUCCGGGAUAUGGACGACAAGCAGCGGGGCGAGAAGGAUGUCAUGGACGACCUGCCGCAGGACGACGAGGUCACCGAGGUCUACAAGGAGUCCUCAGCUCGUCGUCGCUGGGUAAUUCUGUGCCGCAUUCUUACCUGGUGGUGCCCCGACUUCUUGCUCGACAAGAUUGGCCGUAUGAAGCGCCAGGACAUUCGUCAGGCGUGGCGUGAGAAGCUUGCCAUCAACCUCCUCAUCUGGUUCGUCUGCGGCUGCACCAUCUUCGUCAUCGCUGGUCUUGGUCUCGUUAUCUGCCCGAGGCAGCAUGUGUACACGGUGUCAGAGCUCAAUUCACACAACGGCAAGGGCACAUCAGCAUACACUCAGAUUCGCGGCGAGGUUUUCAACCUCGACCAGAUUUUGUCCUCGCAUCUUGGCGUCGUUCCAAUUGUCAACCAGAAGACCAUCUUCACCUACGCUGGCCAGGAUGCCACCCCGAUCUUCCCGGUCCAGGUGUCCGCCCUGUGCAGUGGCCCCACUGGCCAGGGCAUCAGCCCCUACGUGACUGCUACGUCCUCUAACACGACCGACAUCUACGCCAAGUACCACGACUUCCGCGCGUUCACCAACGACUCGCGUCCCGAUUGGUACACGGAGCAGAUGAUCUCGCUGCGUGCACGCUACCGCACCGGCUGGAUGGGCUACACCAAGAAGGACCUCAAGUCGCUGGCUGGUCAAGGUUACACCAUUGGCAUCUACCACAACCUUGUCUACGACCUCACCGACUACGUUCGUGCCAACGGUGGUGGUGUCAAGUUGCCCAAUGGCGUCCAGGACCCCAAUGCCGAGAGGGACCGUGCUUUCAUGCACCCCCAGAUCGUCAAGGCGUUCCAGGACUACUCGGGCCAGGAUGUCACCAACGUCAUUGAAGGUCUUGCCUCCACUCUUGGCCGGGACAUUAUCAACAUCCAGGGCGACUGCCUGCGAAACAUCUUUGUCAAAGGCAAGCUUGACACCCGUGACUCUGCGCAGUGUCAGUUCUCGACCUACAUUCUACUCGCCCUCAGUGCCGUCAUGGUGGCUGUUAUUGGCUUCAAGUUCCUGGCGGCCAUCCACUUUGGUCCUGCGCGUGCUCCCGAGAACCACGACAAGUUUGUCAUCUGCCAGGUGCCCUGUUACACUGAAGGCGAGGAAUCGCUGCGCCGCACCAUCGACUCGCUGGCCAAGCUCCGCUACGAUGACAAGCGCAAGCUCCUCUGCAUCAUCUGUGACGGUAACAUCAAGGGUUACGGAAACGACAAGCCCACACCGGCCAUUGUGCUCGACAUUCUGGGCGUUGACCCCAACCUCGACCCUGAGCCGCUGUCCUUCCAGUCGCUCGGCGAGGGCUCAAAGCAGCACAACAUGGGCAAGGUCUACGCUGGUCUGUACGAGUGCUCCGGUCACGUCGUCCCCUACCUCGUGAUUGUCAAGGUUGGCAAGCCGACUGAGCGCCCCAAGCCCGGAAACCGUGGCAAGCGUGACUCGCAGAUGCUUCUCAUGCACUUCCUCAACAAGGUCCACUUUAACUCGCCCAUGAACCCCCUGGAGCUGGAAAUGUACCACCAGAUCAAGAACGUCAUUGGUGUCAACCCGAGCUUCUACGAGUAUCUGUUCAUGGUCGAUGCCGAUACCACUGUGGACGAGUUAUCCCUCAACCGUCUCGUCUCGGCCUGCAUGCACGACAAGAAGAUUGUCGGCAUCUGUGGUGAAACGUCAAUCGCCAACGCCAAGCAGUCGAUUGUCACCAUGUCGCAGGUGUACGAGUACUUCAUUUCUCACCACCUCGCCAAGGCCUUUGAGAACCUGUUCGGCUCCAUCACCUGUUUGCCCGGUUGUUUCACCAUGUACCGUCUGCGUACGCCGGACACGCACAAGCCGCUGUUCAUCGCCAACUCGAUCAUCCAUGACUACUCUGAGAACCGUGUCGACACGCUUCACUUGAAGAACCUUCUCCACCUCGGUGAAGAUCGUUACCUCACGACCCUCGUUCUCAAGCACUUCCCCACGUACAAGACCAAGUUCGUCCGCGACGCCAAGGCCCAGACUGUGGCUCCCGACUCGGCCAAGGUUCUGUUCUCCCAGCGUCGUCGUUGGAUCAACUCGACUGUCCACAACAUGGCCGAGCUCAUCUUCCAGGAGAACAUGUGUGGUUUCUGCUGCUUCUCGAUGCGCUUCGUCGUCCUGAUCGACCUUGUCUCGACCAUCGUCGCUCCCGUCACUGUCGCCUACAUUGGCUACCUGAUCUACAUCAUCGUUAGAGAUGGCGGCAACCUGCCAAUUCUCUCGAUCGCCAUGUUGGCCGCGAUCUACGGUCUGCAGGCCCUCGUCUUCAUCUUCCGAAUGCGCUGGGACAUGAUUGCAUGGAUGGUCUUCUACAUCCUCGCCAUUCCCGUCUUCUCCUUCUACCUCCCGCUCUACUCCUUCUGGCGCAUGGACGACUUCUCUUGGGGUUCCACGCGUCUCGUUGUCGGCGACAAUGGCAAGAAGCUCGUCAUUCACGACGAGGGCAAGUUUGACCCCAAGUCUAUCCCUCUCAAGAGCUGGAACGACUACGAGAACGAGCUGUGGGACCAGGAGUCGAACCACUCUCAGGACACGUGGUUACCGCCUCAGAAGAGCGAGUACCUCGAGGGCUCUCGCCAGUCUGCCUACAACUCGCAGUACGGAUCCCAGUACGGUCUUGGAUCCAUCUACCAGCCCUCGACUUUCGGCCACGAGACGCAGCAGACGCAUCAGACUGGCCGCUCUCGGGCCAUCUCGCCAGCAGGAUCAUACGGCGACCUCCGCGGUGCCUCGCGCAACGGCUCGUACCAAGACGUGCCUGCGCGCGGCACCUUCUACGCCGCUGGCGGCCGCGGAGACACGGGCUCGUACGGCCAUGGUGACCAACAGAGCCUCUACGCUGGGUCCUUCUACGGUCAGCCGCCGCUCGCGCCCACGUCGUCCAACUACCACGGCGCUGUGCCGGCCGGUAAUGAUGGCACUGAACACAUCACGGACGCGCAGCUCACGGCGUCUAUCCGCCGUAUCUGCCAGGGUGCCGACCUCGACACACUCACGAAGAAGAGCGUGCGCAAGCAGCUCGAGUCGGAGUACGGCGUCUCCCUUACAUCUCGCAAGGACUUUAUCAACCAGCAGAUUGAAGAGGCCAUUGCCGAGUAGGCGCCGGACUGGUGCCACCCAACCUCCCUCACGGACACGGACAAUGAUUGUUAUGAUAACAGACUCACGCAACGCACGCUGCAUAUAUGCCCUAAUUAGACUGCAUCCAUAGGGCAUGCAAUGCAUCCCUCUCUCCUUGA